UGAAAGCAAAUACCAAAUCGUGUGGCUUUGUGAGACUCUGGGUCCUACCAGACUACCAUAUUGGUCCCCAGAUAACUGCUCCUACAUCAUCCGCCUCAAUGCCAACCGUCACGCUUACACCAGCCAUCCUGUCAACACCAGCAGUCAGGACUACGCCAGCCAUCCCGUCAACGCCAGACAUCAUGACUACGCCAGACAUCCCAUCAAUGCCAGAUGUCACGACUAUGCCAGACAUCCCGUCAACACCAGCCGACACGACUUCGCAAGCAAUCCCGUCAAUGCUAGCCAUCAUGUCAACGCCAACCAUCCUGUCAACGCCAGCCCUCACGACUACACCAGCUGUUGAGAUUGACUAUGAUUUACAGAUUGACGUUCCAGAAAUUCAGAAUGCACAGAGUGAUUCCCUAUAUGAGCCAGCUGGGACACCCACGGUUCUCUUUCGACGUCAACAGACUGUCUUUGACAUAGCCAGACCUAGCCGUAUAACAGAUACUGCCAGAGAGCGGCUCCAACAACUAGCCAGUACGUGCAUCACCGGUCCCAUUACAGACCCUAUGCUCCUGGAGGUGAGACGAAACCAUGUCAUAAAAGACGCCCUAGGCACCAUACGGUACUCACAAGAUGACCUCAGCAGCAAACUCCAGAUCAAGUUCAUCGGUGAGGCGGGUGUUGAUCUCGGUGGUCUCCGUCGCGAAUUCUUUUCCAUCCUUGUAUACCAGUUCAGCCAUUCAGCGCUGACAUCAGGUUCUCCUGGGCGCCUCUCAUUCAGGAAGAACUAUGUGGAGCGUGAGAAAAACACCUUUUUCUACCUUGGCCAGCUGGUGGCUCUGUCCAUUCUCCAAGACGGUCCAGGUCUGCCUGUGUUUGCUGACUGUGUGGUCAAGAAUAUCCUCGACAUCAGAACCAAUUGUGUGAAUCCAAAUGACCUCAAUCCAGAGAUGGUAGAAACACUUGAAAAGAAGACACAUGCCUCAUCAGACAGAGAGUUACAAGAGCUGUAUUUCAGCAUUUACGACCAGCGAGAGGCAGCAGGCUUCAUCCUCCCGUGUAACUCAUUAAAAAAAGACCACAUCCCCCUUCUGCAGUCCGCCCUUGUGAGCAACAUGGUCCUGGAUUGCAGAGAUGAACUGGACCAGUUCAUUGAAGGUCUACGAACUCACAAUGUGCUGACAUUGGUGAGGGCGGAGAAGCUGUGCUGUCUCUUCAGCGGUGGGAUGCCUCCAGUCACCGCUGCUGAUAUCAGAGGUCUGCUUAACUUCAAGUACCGUCAGGAUAUCAACCGGGAGGCUGACCGUGCAACUGGCCAGCAGUUUGUAAGAUUUAUUCAGGCGACGAAAGGUGAUGGGGCAACCAUCAACGGGAUUACCCUGAAGCCACAUGAUGUCCUCAUGUGGAUGACGGGAUCAUCAGAAAUCCCGGCUGUGGGUUUCCACAAGCUAAUUGACAUAGAGUUUGGGUUGGAGGAAAGGGUCAACACAUGUGCACUAUGUGUAACUCUCAAGCAUCUGACGCCGAUGGCUGAGGACCCUGUGUUGUAUUUCACUGAUCGUUUAAUUAAAUCAUCAAUGUUUUGUGCUAUGUGA